CCCUCGGUAUAUAAGGUACCCAGCACCUCGGUUGUGGCAUCAGUUCGAACCAAACCGAUCAGCAUGAAGUUUGUAAUUUUCGCCUCCGUUGUCGCCGUGGCCCUUGCCGCUCCACAGUACGGGUACAGCGCUCCGGACCCCUCCGCGAACUACGUCGCCCCCUCCGCCUCCACUAGGGAUGCGGUUCAGGUCAUUGAAAUUGUGCCCAUCCUCAGGGACGAACGCGUCCACGAGGGAGGAAGGUACAGCUUCGACAUAGAGACUGGCAACGGCAUCAGGGCCUCGGAGGCUGGAUCUCCUGACGGUCCUGAAGGUGCUGUCGUUGCUGCUGGAGGAUAUUCCUACACCGCCCCCGACGGUUCCCUGAUCGAAAUCCAGUACGUGGCCGAUGAGAACGGCUUCCAACCCCAAGGCGCCCACCUGCCUGUGGCUCCCGCGUUCCCCCACCCAAUUCCUCAGUUCGUCCUCGACCAAAUUGCAAAGGCUGCCGAGGAGGACGCUCUUGCCGCUGCCGAGAGCAGAAAUGUCGAACCUUCUCAGCUUUACCAGCGCCCACAGUAAAUAGUUAUAAGCAUAUACUUGUAAACGAAAUGACCCACCUUCAUAUGUAAAUAAUUUAUUGUUGUACGAGUGACGAAUGAAUGGUAAAGCAUUUUCAUUACCAA